CGUAUGUGAAACUCAAUUCUCAAGGAACCAUGUCUUCUCGGGCCUCUUUUUUCUCCCUUUUCCUGUUCUCAUUUCUCACUAGCUUCAAAGCUUCUGCUCAAAAUCCUAAUUACCUAGGUUGUUUUUGUCCAAAUACGACAACGUAUUCAAGGAACAGCAUUUACUUCACCAAUCUCAAAACCCUUUUGUCCUCUCUCUCUUCUCGUAAGGCCUCUUACUCCACCGGAUUCCAAAACGCCACGUCGGGACAAUCCCCCAACAGGGUCACCGGACUUUUCCUUUGCCGCGGAGACUUAUCGCCGGAAGUUUGUCGUAACUGCGUCACCUUUGCCGUUAACGAUAUCUUAACUCGGUGUCCGUAUGAGAGAGAGGUCGUUCUCUAUUACGAUGAGUGUAUGCUCAGAUACUCUAACAAGAGUAUACUCUUCACUCUAAACACCGAUGGAAAAAAAUUCAUGAUUCAGGCCUCGAAUUUUACAUCUGUUAAACAAGAUCGGCUCAGAGAUUUGGUCUUGUCCCCCAUGAAUCUAGCCGCCAUUGAAGCCGCAAGGAGUCCCGCAAAAUUCGCUGUGAGAAAAAUCGCUUUAACUUCAAUACAGAAUUUGUACGGAAUGGUUCAGUGCACUCCUGAUCUGGCGGAAGCAGAGUGCUUAGACUGUCUGCAACAAGGCAUCAACCAAAUAUCCAAUGAAAAAAUUGGGGGAAGAUUUCUUGUGCCGAGCUGUAACUCAAGAUACGAGCUCUACGCGUUUUACAACGAAACCGCCACUGAAACACGUCAAGGUCCUCAACCGCAGCUGGAUUCAGCUCCUCCUCCAGCACAACGAACACAACCACCGAUUUUAAUUUCUUCACCACAACCUGGAAAAGGCGGAAACUCCUCUAUCAAAAUCAUUGCUGUUGUUGUUCCAAUCACUGCCGUUCUUCUUUUAUUCGUAGCUGUUUUUCGUGUCCGGGCUAAGAGAAAAAAGACAGUUUAUGAGACGGAACCACUUGCUGAAGAUGGGGAUGAUAUUACGACUGCUGGCUCACUUCAGUUUGACUUAAAGGCCAUUGAGGCAGCAACGAGUAACUUUUUGCCUAGUAACAAGCUUGGUCAAGGUGGAUUCGGGGAAGUUUACAAGGGUACAUUUCCUAGUGGAGUACAAGUUGCGGUGAAGAGGCUAUCGAAGACAUCAGGACAAGGUGAAAGAGAGUUCGAAAACGAAGUUGUUGUUGUGGCAAAGCUUCAGCAUAGAAAUUUGGUAAGGCUGCUUGGUUUUUGUUUGGGAGGAGAAGAGAAGAUACUUGUCUACGAGUUUGUGCCAAAUAAAAGCCUCGAUUACUUUCUUUUUGACUCUACGAUGCAAAGGCAGCUUGACUGGGCAAGACGGUACAAGAUUAUUGGAGGAAUUGCUAGAGGAAUUCUUUAUCUUCACCAAGAUUCACGACUCACAAUUAUACACCGUGACCUCAAAGCGGGCAACAUCCUCUUGGACACUGAUAUGAACCCGAAAGUUGCAGAUUUUGGAAUGGCUAGAAUUUUUGAAAUGGACCAAACGGAAGCUAAUACAAGAAGAGUAGUUGGAACUUAUGGUUACAUGUCUCCUGAGUAUGCGAUGUACGGCCAGUUCUCCAUGAAAUCAGAUGUGUAUAGUUUUGGGGUCUUAGUUCUUGAGAUUAUAAGCGGCAUGAAGAACAGUAGUCUCUAUCAGUUGGAUGGUAGUGUUGGUAAUUUGGUUACAUAUACUUGGAGAUUAUGGAGCAAUGGGUCGCCAUUAGAGCUUGUGGAUCCAUCCUUUGGAGAUAACUAUCAAACAAACGAAAUUACCAGGUGCAUCCAUAUAGCUUUACUAUGUGUUCAAGAAGAUGUUGAUGAUCGUCCAACUAUGUCAGCAAUCCUCCAAAUGCUCACUACUAGCUCGAUCGCUCUCGCCGUUCCUAGACAACCUGGAUUUUUCUUUCGGGGUAGGCAUGAACAAGUAGGAGAAGUGGGUACAUCCGUGGAUAGGCUUGCUAUCUGUUCAAUCGAUGAUGCUUCCAUUACUAGCGUUGCUCCUCGUUGAGGAAAAAACAUUUGACUACAAGUUGUGCUGUAUGAUUGUAGAGUGUAGACUAUUAAGCUUUGACUAUGAAAAAAGAUUAGUCUAAAGCCUUGAUUGU